AGCGGAAACUGGCGGGACCGCCUUAAGUCCCACCCCCUAAGCCUCACUUCCAGGUCCUAGGACUCUGCACCGAUAGGACGGACUAUGGAGCGCCAGGUGCUGCUGAGCGAGCCCGAGGAGGCGACAGCGCUGUACCGGGGCCUUAGCCGCCAGCCCACGCUGAGCGCCGCCUGCCUAGGCCCGGAGGUCGCCACGCAGUAUGGGGGCCUCUAUCGGACUGUGCACACUGAGUGGACCCAGAGAGAUUUGGAACGCAUGGAGAACAUCAGAUUCUGCCGCCAGUACCUAGUGUUCCACGAUGGAGACUCGGUGGUGUUUGCAGGGCCUGCAGGCAACAGUGUGGAAACCCGGGGGGAGCUACUGAGCAGAGAGUCUCCUUCAGGCACCAUGAAAGCUGUGUUGCGUAAGGCUGGAGGCACAGGUCCUGGGGAGGAGAAACAGUUCCUAGAAGUCUGGGAGAAAAAUCGGAAGCUCAAGAGCUUCAACCUGUCAGCACUGGAGAAACAUGGGCCUGUUUAUGAGGAUGACUGCUUUGGCUGCCUGUCCUGGUCAUACUCAGAGACACACUUGUUGUAUGUGGCGGAGAAGAAGCGUGCCAAGACUGAAUCCUUCUUUCAAACCAAAGCCUUGGACAUCAUUGCCAGCGAUGAUGAGAUGGCGAGGCCAAAGAAGCCAGACCAGGCCGUCAAGGGGGAUCAGUUUGUGUUUUAUGAAGACUGGGGUGAAACCAUGGUUUCAAAAAGUAUCCCUGUGCUCUGUGUGCUGGAUGUCGAAAGCGGCAACAUCUCGGUGCUUGAGGGCAUCCCUGAGAAUGUGUCCCCUGGACAGGCUUUCUGGGCCCCUGGGGAUACAGGUGUGGUAUUUGUGGGCUGGUGGCAUGAACCCUUCCGGCUAGGUAUCCGCUUCUGCACCAAUCGCAGGUCAGCCCUGUACUAUGUGGACCUUAGUGGAGGAAAGUGUGAACUCCUGUCAGAUGACUCCCUGGCUAUUUCUUCUCCCCGGCUGAGCCCAGACCAGUGUCGCAUUGUCUACCUGCAGUAUCCAUCUCUAGUCCCACAUCAUCAAUGUAGCCAGCUAUGCCUGUAUGACUGGUACACCAAGGUCACGUCAGUGGUGGUAGACAUUGUGCCUCGGCAGCUUGGAGAGGACUUCUCUGGAAUCUACUGUAGUCUUCUACCUUUGGGAUGCUGGUCAGCUGACAGCCAGAGAGUGGUCUUUGACUCAGCUCAGCGUAGCCGGCAGGACCUGUUUGUUGUGGACACCCAGACGGGCAGUGUGACCUCCCUAACAGCUGGGGGGUCAGGUGGAAGCUGGAAGCUGCUUACAAUUGAUCGAGAUCUUAUGGUGGCUCAGUUCUCCACUCCCAGCUUGCCCCCAAGCCUGAAAGUUGGGUUCCUGCCUCCUGCAGGGAAGGAACAAUCUGUGUUGUGGGUGUCCCUGGAGGAGGCUGAACCCAUUCCUAACAUCCACUGGGGCAUCCGUGUGCUACACCCACCUCCAGACCAAGAGAAUGUGCAAUAUGCUGGCCUUGACUUUGAAGCAAUCCUUCUGCAGCCCAGCAACCCACCAGAUAAGACCCAGGUGCCCAUGGUGGUCAUGCCUCAUGGGGGACCUCAUUCAUCCUUUGUCACUGCCUGGAUGCUGUUUCCAGCCUUGCUUUGCAAGAUGGGCUUUGCAGUACUACUAGUGAACUAUCGUGGCUCCACGGGCUUUGGUCAAGACAACAUCCUUUCCCUCCCUGGCAAUGUGGGCCACCAGGAUGUGAAGGAUGUCCAAUUUGCAGUGGAACAGGUGCUCCAGGAGGAACACUUUGAUGCAGGCCGUGUGGCACUUAUGGGUGGCUCCCAUGGCGGGUUCCUGUCGUGCCACCUGAUUGGUCAGUAUCCAGAGACCUAUGGUGCCUGUAUAGCCCGAAACCCUGUGAUCAACAUUGCUUCCAUGAUGGGCUCUACUGACAUCCCUGACUGGUGUGUGGUGGAGGCUGGCUUCCCUUAUAGCAGCGAUUGCCUACCAGACCUCAGUGUAUGGGAGGAGAUGCUGGAUAAAUCACCUAUCAAGUACAUCCCUCAGGUAAAGACACCAGUGUUACUGAUGCUAGGCCAGGAGGACCGGCGUGUACCCUUCAAGCAGGGUAUGGAGUAUUACCGUGCCCUCAAAGCUCGGAAUGUUCCUGUUCGGCUCCUGCUCUAUCCCAAAAGCACCCAUGCACUAUCAGAGGUGGAAGUGGAAUCAGACAGCUUCAUGAAUACUGUGCUCUGGCUGCACACGCACUUGGGCAGCUGAAGUUCUGCCAUUCUGGGCAGCCCAUGUCACACUUUGCUCUUGGUGAGCUCCAGGGUCUGGCAGAGCAGCUGGGCUUUCUGAGCUCUGGACUCUGUGGAUGAGUGGGCAGAGGAAUAUGGACACAUAGUUAUAAUAAAUAAGGACACAGAG